GAAUGAGUACUGAAUUACCUUGUCAUUUCUAUACAAUUUGAUUAUUUGUUUUUACAUAUGAAAACCGGUUCCCCCUAUAAAAGAAAUUGCUUGCUGGGUUUUAUUGAAUUAUUUGUGGUACUAGAAAUCUUUUGCAUAACCUGUAUUGUUCUGAGCUGCUACUUUGACUUUGUCUAAGCUUAGAUCUCUGUCUUUAUUUUUCUUCCUUCAUUUUUAUAUGUUGAAAUUCUAUUGUUCAAAGAUACAUGGAUUGCUGCAUGUUAAGGAAAAACUCAGCUCAAUGCUUCUUUUGUCUCGGUAUAUGCUAUCCAGGAAUUGCUGGCAAGUAAACUGCCUCUGAUGAACAUCUCUAUGUAUAAACUGCUCAUGAAUGAUCAGUUAGGGGGACAUAAAAAAAUGUUAUUUUGGUUGGUUUUUAUAGAUUAAGUAUGUGAUCCUAACAUCAUAAGUUUGAUUUCCUAAUCCAAUCAAGUUUGUUGAUUAUAAUUAAAUGGGUGUUAUCACAUCUCAACUCAACAAAGUGUAAGUCCCAUCUAACUGGUGUUGGAUGAGUCUUUGACUCUUUGUACAAAAAAUAUGAAGGCCUUGUUUUUCCCUUUGAUAUUUGUUUGAGUUAGUUUUUUUUUUUAAUCACUUAGACUUGAAACAUUAUUGUAUAAACAUAGGUUGGCUGCAGAGUAUAGUAGAUAAAUUAAAUGUCUUCUAAAGUAACCUGUCCUAUAGGUUUUUCAUCCUAUACAAUAGCCUUCAAUAGUAAGGCAAUAAUGCUAGCAGAGGAUUUUAUAGGUUUCUCCCACUGGCCUGACCACUAUAAAUAAAAAGGAUGAAUUAGGCAGGUCUUUGGGAAAGCAAUUAUGCAUUCAACAAGUUCAUUAUUCAUUUUGUUCUUGCAGGUUUUGAUUGUAUAAUUUCAAAGUUGUAACACAAAACUAUAAGAUUCAAGCACUCGGUGCAUAAUUAGGGUGCUUGGCUUUUAGUCAAUGAGAUCUAGCUUGAAUGGCAAUUCCUUCUCCAAUAAAAAGGGAUAUGUAGGCUGAGUUUAUGGGUGCAAAGCCUACUAGAUAUGGAAGAGCAACAUUCUCAAGGCAGGCAGAUUAUUGAAAUCAGUGUGGAUGUUCCUACUGGAGAGGGGAGCACUGUAGGGGGUAAGUUUUGUGGGGAAGCACCCUGUGGAUUCUCGGAUGCUGUAUCCAACUCUAAGGAUGCUAAAGAACGAUCAAGUUCGAUGCGCAAGCUUUUAAUCGCAGUGGCACUUUGUGUUGUCUUCAUGAGUGUUGAAGUAGUUGGUGGCAUCAAAGCUAAUAGUCUUGCAAUAUUGACUGAUGCAGCACAUUUGCUUUCAGAUGUUGCAGCUUUCGCUAUCUCCUUGUUCUCCAUAUGGGCUGGUGGCUGGGAAGCUACUCCCCGUCAGUCCUAUGGAUUUUUUAGGAUUGAGAUCCUGGGUGCUUUGGUUUCCAUCCAACUCAUUUGGGUGCUUGCAGGGAUUUUGGUAUAUGAAGCCAUUGUUAGACUUAUUGAUGGCACAAGUGAGGUGAAUGGCUUUCUAAUGUUUCUUGUUGCUACAUUUGGUUUGGUGGUUAAUAUCAUCAUGGCUGUGUUAUUGGGCCAUGAUCAUGGCCAUGGACAUGGUGAACAUGGUCAUAGUCAUGGUAUUAGCCACAGCCAUGGAAUGACAAUUUCUGCUCAUCAUCAUCAUGAGGAGCACCCAGGAGAUGAGCAUCAUCAUGCUCAUGACGGUCCUGCACACCAACAUGCUCAUGAAGAUCCUUCACACCAUCAUGGUCAUGAAGAUCCUGCACACCAACAUGCUCAUGAAGAUCCUGCACACCAUCACGCUCAUGACCAUCAUGGAGAUCUUGCUGAGCCACUGCUGGAUAAACCAGAAAAUGCACAUGAAAAGAAGAAAAGGAACGUAAAUAUACAGGGAGCUUAUCUCCAUGUACUCGGGGACUCCAUCCAGAGUAUCGGAGUAAUGAUUGGAGGGGCAAUCAUAUGGUAUAAUCCUGAGUGGAGGAUAGUUGAUCUAAUAUGCACCCUAAUCUUUUCUGUUGUAGUAUUGGGGACUACAUUCCAAAUGCUGCGGAGCAUUCUCGAAGUCCUGAUGGAGAGCACACCUAGAGAAAUUGAUGCAACAAAGCUCGAGAAGGGGCUAUUAGAAAUGGAGGAAGUGGUGGCCAUUCAUGAGCUACAUAUAUGGGCUAUCACGGUGGGGAAAGUCCUGUUGGCAUGCCAUGUCAAAAUCAGGCCAGAAGCAAAUGCAGACAUGGUGCUAGACAAUGUGGUAAACUAUAUCAGAAGGGAAUAUAACAUCAGUCAUGUAACUGUACAGAUAGAGCGUUAGCAGGCUCUUUACAGGGGAAAUUAUCAUGUGGGGAAGUUUAAAUGUGUCCAUGCCUUAUAUUUCUAAGUCACUGCUUCAUACUCUUUCUGGUAGUAGGUGUCACACUUCUUAAAGGUGGGACUGAUUUUAAGCAGCAGAUUUCUCUCAUUUUAUCAAACCUGCAAAUGUUUAGUAUCUAAGAACUUCUCUUUUGUGCCUUGGAAUUUACGUAUAUUAUUUCCUUUA